AUGGCCAAACUACAUCUUCCGGAACAUUUAAUCUAUGACAUAUUGUCCAGAUUACCUACAAAGUCUAUAAUUCGAUUUAUGUGUGUGAGCCAAACAUGGAACUCUUUGAUACAAGAUCCUUAUUUUACUCGGCUCCGCCGCCAAAACAUAGACAACCUCAUAUUCCUUGUUGUUUGUCAUAAAUUUGACUGGUCUGAGCGAAUAAAUAAAUUUCAACCCGGUAUCUUCGUAGGUAAUAUACCAACUCAUGAAGACCAAGGGUCACUUGAACUAAACAAUUCUACACACAUUCUCACUAUGCCCAAAAUUCCCAGCUUUGAUGUCCAUUAUGUGAAUGGUUUGAUUUGUUCAUAUUCUAGAUUGUACUUGUACGAUCCUGACAAUGUCAUACAUAUACACAUAUGUAACCCAACAACUCGACAAGUUGUCGCCCUUCCCCGCGACAACAAUUUAGAUUUUUAUCCAAAGUUUCUUCUCCGCACAAAUUUUGGAUACGACCAUUUGGGAGAUAAUUAUAAGGUUCUUAAUGUCAUUUUCACCGAGACUGAUUUAUUUCAAGAAUUGAGGAUUUUAACAGUUGGUGAUAAUGUAUGGAGGAAUGUUGGUCAUGCCAUACCCUUUGAUUUAAUGUCAAAUAUAGUAAAACGUAUUGGUACUUGUGUCAAUGGUGCUAUACAUUGGCAUUUAGGCCAUCAAAGAAAGGCGUUGAAAGGAAGAUAUAGAGGAUUUGACGAAGACAUCUGCCAUAGUUACAUGAUGAAAUAUGACAUAGAAGAAAAGGAUGUUUUUGUAUUGUAUGAGUAA